UCCAUCCUGUUUGUAGGUUAUGCCAAUGAAUUAGGAGAGGCAUUUCGCACUCACAUUCCUCGGUUGAUGUACUUAGGGAGUUAUGGAAUUGCCUCGACAUACUGCUUGGCGGACUCCAUUGAUAAAGGAAGACGAUGCUACCAACAAAAUAACCACUUAAACAAUUAUCUUCAGAAAAGAAAGGCUGUGGAAACUUCAGUAGAAGCUGCCAUCUGGCAGGGCCUUGCUUCAGUGAUCAUUCCAGGUUUUACAAUCAACAGAAUAUGUGCUGCAUCCAGGUUUACACUUAAAAGAGUGGCUAGAACAAUGCCUCCUCGUGCUCAGACGUGGGUCACAACAUUUGUGGGACUGAGUGCAAUACCUUUAAUUAUUAAACCAAUUGAUGGGUAAGCCUGAUACUACAUGUAUUUGAGGUAUGGGCUAUUUGACAAAAAUCACCUCCCAUUAUGGAAUAGGGGGCACUACCUUCAUUUCCUCUUAAUUGUUUUCUUUUAACUGGCAAAUUGUAGUCAGUGAAACUCAAGCAGCUGUUGACAUUUCUGGUUGCCUGCACUUUUUGACAACCCUGAAUACUGUCUUUUUGCUGGAGGAGGUGUUUUUUACAUGCCAGUUAACAGACAAAUCUUCAAAGUGUUCCCCCUACAAAGUGAUCACUCCUACCACUUUAAAUUCCCAGUAACAUUGAUUAAGAUUGACAUUUAUUAAGAUUAUGCCACUGGCUUCAGAUGGGUAUGCUGUGGUUCAAACUCAUUGUCAUUAAUAUUAUUAUAAACAUACCCAAAAACAAAGGAUAUAAAAUUUAAACUAGGGAUAAGAUUGAAGCACAACAGGUUCAUGGUCCAUAGUUGACUCUGUCUGGCUUUCAGUCUACCAUCUGUUAGUCCACACAUAAUACUAUUAGAUGCAAAGCCUCAUUACUUUAGUGUCCACUGGUUCACAUUAGGGCACAAUCACUGAUUCUCUGCAAAGUCUACUAUAUGCUGGCUCACAGUCCAUAGGAUACAUGUUUGAUUCUAAAGUUGGGAGUCUUCAAUUUGAGUCCAUAACCCAUUUGUCAAAGCUUAUUCUUCAAAGUCAAAUCCUUUGCUCGAAAUUCCAGGCUCCAAAGUUAAUACCAUUUUCCUUAUUGGUUUUAUUUCUUGUUAGAAAACCUGUUAUUCAGUAACUAGUAUUUUUUUUACAGAUUAGUUGAUAAAAUCAUGGAUGGUUUGAUUGACAUUUCAAGACAACUUGGCAUCUCUCAUCAGCUGGACCACAGCCACAAAUAG